AUGCUACAAGCUUUAGCUUUUCUACCUACAAUGGCAUUAAAAGAUUCCCAGACUACCAACAAGAAGAUAACAGAAGAACCAGAGUUUGAGCGGCCUAUUGGCAACCACACGUUCUUUCUCGGAAGGGAAGCAGUAAUUGGUUGUGCAGUGACUAAUCUUGGUAAACAUAAAGUGGGGUGGCUCCGUGCAGAGGAUCAGACGGUACUAACAAUGCACGAUCGGGCAGUACUAGGUCCUCGUUACACUGUCAACUUGGACGCACCACAAACAUGGCAACUUCGCAUCCGACCACUUCGAGCAGAAGAUCGUGGUUGCUACAUGUGCCAGAUAAAUACACAACCGACAAUGAUUUGGCAAAUCGGAUGCAUAGACGUGUUCGUGCCUCCAGAUAUAAUUAGCGAUGAUACAUCGUCUGACGUCUCAGUUCAAGAAUUAGAGAAUGCUACAUUAACCUGUAAAGCAACUGGCCACCCACCACCAAAAAUCACUUGGCGAAGAGAAGACCAUGAACCAAUUUUACUAAAAAAGCCUCAGUCUAGAGAGUUCGAAAAAGAAUAUGGGAAGCAAGUACAAUUAUUGUCUAUGAAGUACACCGUAUCAGUCAUCGGAGAUGCAAUGGAAAGCUACGUAGGGAGUUCCUUGCCAUUAUUACGAGUCGACCGAAGGCAAAUGGGUACAUUUCUUUGUAUCGCAUCGAAUGACGUUCCGCCUGCUGUUAGUAAACGGAUAACACUUCUUGUCAAUUUUGCUCCAACUGUAAAAGUACCAAAUCAGUUGUUGGGUGCGCCACUUGGAACUGACGUGAAACUCAAAUGCUAUGUUGAAGCGUAUCCGAACACAAUUAAUUAUUGGAUCAAGAAUAGAGGAGAAAUGUUAUUAGAUGGUCCAAAGUAUACGAUAAGAGAAGAUAAAACAUCAUACAAGGUUUCCAUGUGGCUUACAAUAAAGCAAUUCUCUAAAAGCGAUAUCGGUACAUAUAACUGCAUUAGCACAAACUCACUAGGCAAGAGUGAAGGAACACUUCGAUUGUAUGAGAUUAAACUCAAUUCUCAAACAGACGACUUCAACAACCAGAUCAGUGUUGCUGGAGGUUUAACGGAAGCAGCGAAAGGAAUAUCUGAAAUCCAGUUGCCGUCAAAUAGGAUAUUAAAAUUGAUGUUAUGCAGCAUAUUGUUAUACAACAUGAUUAUGUAG